UUGGAAUGAGAUCAUCUUUAAGGUUCCUCCCAGCCCAAACCUUCCUGUGAUCUGGUGGUGGUGGUGAAACCAAGGAUGUGUCUUCAGUGAUGGACAUGGAAAAGACACCACCCAGCCAGCUCAUCCUGCCAACAUUACCAGCCCCUCUGAGCUCCUGCUGGAACAUGGAAACGCUCCCAGGCUUUUAAUUAAACACUGCCACAGAUACAAAAAAAGAAUGUACAUCUUUUAAUAGCAACAUGAGAGCACCCAAGAGCAAGCUACCUGACCUCGGCCUUCCUGGUCCCUUCACGUUGCAAGACACCACUCUGUUUAAUUAAUUAAUUUGUUUAUUCGUUGUCUGCAAGGGUAAAUGAUGGAAGACUGGCGAGGCACUGAAAAAAUAAGCAUCUUGACACGACCUUGUUAUUUUAUCGCGCAGCUAACUGGCAGUGCCAACUUUUUCUGCAUUUAUUUAAAUUUUGCCGUAGUUUACAUAAUUUCUGCCGACAUCCUGUUUCAGUCCUGUUCCAGAUCACGACUGGUGAUCGCUCCUUGCCACAGAACCCUGAUUAUUCCUGUUUUUCCCGCAAUCCCGGCUCCCGGCCGGAUUUCCCGGGGCGCAGCGCCACCGCCUGCCCGCAGCUCCUGACCCGGGCUGGGCUCCCGCCGCCGCUUCCCCGCCUCACAGCCGCAGCGUGAGGGGCUCCCCUGCCACAGUCACAGCUCGGGAGCGCCUUGGGCGGGAAGGGACCUUAAAGUUUAUAUACUUCCAACCCCUAGGCAGGGAACCUUCCAGCUUGCUCCGGUUGGUCACGGAGCUGCUGUUAAGGUUAUUCAUUCCAUUGAUUGCAGUGUAAAAGCCGUUUCCGUAUUUUCCUGCUGUGCCUAAGAGAGUUCAAACUCAGCAGAUGGGCUCUCCCAGUGUGGAUGUAGCUGAACCUGAACGGUCCAUGGGAACACCCUUUGUGAGAGGCAGCGCUUUGUAACGGCGGCCAGAGCCCCGUCUGGCAUGAGAACCUUUCGGGCGCACGUUUCCGUUUGGCCGCCGCCUUCCGUGUGACAUCUACUGGCACGGGGUGUCAUUCCAUGACAGCAACAUCUUCUCAGGGCAGGUCAACAAGUUUCCAGGCAUGACGGAGACGGUUCGGAAAAUCACCCUGAGCCGGGCCAUGAGAACCAUGCGAGAUCUGUUUCCUCUGGAAUACAACUUCUACCCUCGCUCCUGGAUUCUGCCAGAGGAGCUGCCUCUCUUUGUGGCUGAGGUUCGUACGAUGAAGGACAGCAAUCCAUCCUGGAAGCCCACUUUCAUUGUAAAGCCUGAUGGAGGCUGCCAGGGGGAUGGAAUCUACCUCAUCAAAGACCCAAGUGACAUCAGGCUGACAGGGAGCAUCCAGAGCCGACCAGCUGUGGUGCAGGAGUACAUCUGCAAACCACUGCUUGUGGACAAACUGAAAUUUGAUAUUCGCCUCUAUGUCCUGCUGAAGUCCUUAGAACCCUUAGAGAUUUAUAUAGCCAAAGAUGGACUUUCUAGAUUUUGUACAGAGCCCUAUCAAGAACCCACUCUCAAAAAUUUGCACCAGGUUUUUAUGCACUUAACCAACUAUUCACUAAAUAUCCAUAGUGGGAAUUUCAUCCAUUCUGCCAGUGCAAACACUGGCAGCAAGAGGACUUUUUCAAGCAUUCUCUGCAGACUGUCUUCCAGAGGAGCUGAUGUCAAAAAGCUCUGGUCAGAUAUAAUUUCAUUGGUGAUUAAAACAAUUAUUGCACUGACACCAGAACUGAAAGUUUACUAUCAGUCUGACAUACCAGCAGGAAAGCCUGGGCCAACUUGCUUCCAGAUUUUAGGGUUUGACAUUCUCCUGAUGAAAGACUUGAAGCCUGUGUUACUGGAAGUAAAUGCAAACCCCAGCAUGAGAAUAGAACAUGAGCAAGAGCUUUCUCCUGGAGUAUUUGAAAAUGUCCCAAGCCCUGUUGAUGAAAAAGUGAAAGUUGCUGUCAUCAGAGACACUCUGCGCCUGAUGGACCCUCAGAAGAAGAAGAGGAAGGAUACUCAGUGCCAGAGUCCGGAGCGGGCGCCGGGAGCGAUUGAGGAGCCUCUGGACGCUGUCCCCGGCCCCGAGGCCGCUCUGCCCUCGCUGUGCCUCAAGCAGGUGUUCCCCAAGUACGCCAGGCACUUCAGCUACCUGCGCCUCGUGGACAGGGUGGCCGCCCUGUUCAUCCGCUUCCUCGGGGUCAAAGGGACAACCAAGCUGGGCCCAACGGGGUUCCGCACCUUCAUAAGAAACUGUAAACUGAGUAACAGCAAUUUUUCAAUGGCUGCUGUAGAUAUCCUAUAUAUUGAUAUCACAAGGAGGUGGAACAGCAUGGGCAUUGACCACAAGGAAUCAGGUACCCCAGGAAUGUGUCUGCAAGCCUUUGUGGAAGCUUUCUUCUGCCUGGCCCAGAAGAAGUACAAGGCGCUGCCGCUGCACAAGCAGGUGCUGUCGCUGAUCGAGCUCUGCGAGUGCCGCCUGGCCGCCGUGCACGGGAAGCGCCUGGUCUGGGGCUGCGGCCUCGCCCAGCCCCGCGGGGCGCUGCGGGCCUCGGGCAGCGCGCCCGGCCCCGCGCGGCCCCACGGCCACCAGGUGCUCCGGCUGCAGAAACCAGCGCAGCUAAGGGCGCUGAUGUGCCGGGACAGAACUGGGAGUUAAUCCCCAGCCAGGCACGCGUACUGCUGGAGGAGAGACUGGCGAUGGAAUUCCUUCAUUUCAGAGCGACAACUAUUUAUUUUCAGCUGUAUUUUUUAUUUAUGCUUUUCAAAAAGUCUACUGCAACCUCCCGUUUUCAAAUAAUGACUGUGGCAACAGCUAUUUCUUCAUCUCUCUGUGGGAUUUUCUGUGCACAUCCCGUGACAAACCGUGCAUUCAUCCUGAGUGUGUGGAAAAGAAGGACCAACCCACAGGGGAUGAUAACCAGCAUCAUGGGAUUGGCUGCACUGACUGAGGCACACUCGUGUCCAAGGAAUCGCAUUGCUUUGUGUGCACAGGACAUGUCACAGCAACCAAGGAAGGAACUGCAGUCACAAAUACCAGACUGGAGAACUGAAAUCUGAAAUUGCACUUGUGGUCAGACUUCAGGCCUUGGACUCUCUUCUUUCCAUGGCUUGGACUGUAGGUGUUGGAAUCAAUACAGACUUGGUCAAUAUCUAUGUACUUAUUUUUUAAAGUCAGUCUUAAAGCACUGAAAUAAUAUUUUGGCUUCUACUUUGUACAUGUCUUUGCCAUGACAAGUACUGUUAGUUUUUUAAAGAAGAACUAAAACUGUUUAUCCUUUUGCUUCCACAGAACCAAUAAGCUCACACUUAUUCACAGAAAAAGAUUUACUUUCUUAAGUCAAAUUGGGUGAAUCAAGUGGUGAUUUUGUCUUCAGGGAUUCAGCACUGCUUCUGCAGAAAGCUGUACAGUGUAAAGGCCUAAGAGGUCACCUAAAUUCCAGUGGAACCAAGCCUGUCACUGACUUUAGCCUAAACGAACUGCAUUCUAGGUUUGCUCAUUUUUUGUCUUUUGCAUGAUUGUUGCCCUCUUGGGACCUGCAGUAACAUCUAGAGCAGAUCUUUGUGUCCUUGUUCAUAUUCUUCGUUUUUUCACUUAAACAAUGUAACUCUGUAUGAAUUAGAUCUAAGGAUGUUGUGUCAGAACUGCUGGGCUGUACUGCUGGAGUUGGACAGAGGGGUUUUAUUAUCCAGGAAAUGAACCAUGACUUCCAUGAUCACACACUUCUUGUGGGGGCUAAGCAGAACAUGAGACUGAAGGACAGGAAUAACUUGGAACUUCAGGGGUGUUGAGUGAAAUUUGUCGUGGUCUCCCAUUUAUUACAAUAAUGGCUACAUCUGAGCUUGAUUUUCCUCCUUUGUUCUACUCUUUAAUGUUAAUUACUUGGCUUACAUUUUAGUGUCCUCCAUGCUGUCAGAAAUGGCAAAGCUGUAAGAUGGGCACUGAGCUUUGGGUUGAAGAACAUUCCCUGAGCUCCAUGUCAGAAUGUUCCAGUGGCUGGUGCCCCCAAAGCAUGCUGUGUCACUGAGGGGGAGUCCACCUGUUUCAAGUCAGGGACUAAAUGCAGACAUGGUGCAUCAAGUGAGUUUGCAGUUCAGGGAAUGUUUGUAGAGUUUUUUUCCUGAUUUCAGUGUUAAGCAGCAUGUGUUUUUCCCAAGUGGCAAUAGCAGCACGGCAAUGCAAUGCAGGAAUCAGGCUGAGCCCACACAAAACUAGUCCCCAGCAUGUGUUAAUCUCAGAUGUGGGCAUCCCUUCUCCUUACCUUUUUCUGUAACACAAAUAAAAUAGUAGAAGAUGAUCUUUUUUAGUUCAGCAGCCAGACUUUGAAAUUUUAUGUAUUGUACAUAAGAGGACAAUUGUAGACUAACUAAUGCCACUGCCCUCAGCCUUGUUCAAAUGUCAUAAAGAUUAUUGCAGUAUGAAGACAAAAUGCAGAACUCCAAAGUCUGGCACCUGUCAGAACAAAUGAAGCUGAAAGGGUCGUUUUUUUCACACUUUCAUUGUAAUAUAUUUGAAGACAUUCACAGGUUGAAAAAUGGUUACUUCUCCUUUUGUGACAUCUGACAUUUGUCUUGCGAUUGGCAGUGUGUUACUGGAAAAUAGCUUACAGUUCCUCUCAUCUCAUGAUUGAUGUCCUGUAAAGACAGAGUUACAGAGGAGUCGGAUUUGAAAUGCUAUGACUGCAAAUGCCUUUCCCUGCACCUUUGAAGUACUAUGAUGUGUGGCCUGAAAUAUCCCGGUUUUGCAAUUGUAGAACUCACUCUGAUAUCAGUGGAAUAAAUUAACUAUUGUAUAUUGAACACUGAUAA